GGGAAAAGCUUCAGGCUGAGCUCUCACCUUAUCACACAUCAGAGAAUCCACACAGGGGAGACGCUCUACACGUGUACUGAGUGCGGGAAAAGCUUCAGGCGGCGCUCUCACCUUAUCAGACAUCAGAUAAUCCACACAGGGGAGACGCCCUACACGUGCUCUGAGUGCGGGAAAAGCUUCAAUCGGCGCUCAAACCUUAUUACACAUCAGAGAAUCCACACUGGGGAGAUGCCCUACACGUGCGCUGAGUGCGGGGAAAUUUUCGGGUGGAGCUCUGACCUUAUCAGACAUGAGAGAAUCCACACUGGGGAGACGCCCUACAUGUGCUCUGAGUGCGGGAAAAGCUUCAAUCGGCGCUCAAACCUUAUUACACACCAGAGAAUCCACACAGGGGAGAUGCCCUACACGUGCUCGGAGUGCGGGAAAAGCUUCAAUCAGCGCUCAAACCUUAUUACACAUCAGAGAAUCCACACAGGGGAGAUGCCCUACACGUGCUCUGAGUGCGGGAAAAGCUUCAAGCAGAGCUCAAACCUUAUCACACAUCAGAGAAUCCACACAGGGGAGACGCCCUACACGUGCUCUGAGUGUGGGAAAAGCUUCAAUCAGAGCUCACACCUUAUUAGACAUCACAAAAUCCACAUGAGA